CACCAACAUGCCAUCCAGACUGAGGAAGACCCCAACACUUUGGGGCCACGUGAGCCAUAGCCAUGGCCAUGGCCGCAUCGCAAACACAGGAAGGGUGUGUGUGUGUGGUAAUGCUGGUGCCUUGCGUCAUCACAGGAUCACCUUUGACAAAUGUCUCCCAGGUGACUUUGGGAAAGUCGGGGUGAGGCAUUACCACCUAAAGGAGAACCAGAGCUCCUGCCCAGCUGUCAACCUGGAUAAACUGUGGGCCCUGGUCAGCGAGCAGACACGGGUAAAGGCUGUCAAAAGCAAGACUGGAGCUGCUCCUGUCGCUGAUGUGGUGCGGUCGGGCUACUACAACGUUCUGGGGAAGGGAAAGCUCCCUCAGCCUGUCAUUGUGAAGGCAAGGGCUCCAGCAGAAGAGCCGAGGAGAGGAUGAAGGGUGCUGGUGGGGCCUGUGUCUGGUAGCUUGA